UAGCGUCACUAAAGAUUUCCGCCCACAAACUGGCUGUCAGGCACUCCCUGUCAGGCCCUUGUGAGCGCUACAGUUUCUUUAUGAGCUGUAGCGGCGUGCACGGUCUGUUCAGAACGCGAACACAGCAAGCCUUCUCUCCGCUAGCACUGCGCUUACUGGUGUCGCCCCUAAACUGUAAACCACUUGGUGCUCUUUCUUCUUUGAUAAGCAAGUCUGCGACAGCGUUGCAAAGGGAACAUUUCAGUUAUGGAUUUUGUUCAUCAACAGAGAACCCACAGCAUGACUUGAUACUGAAACACGCUCAAAAUGGAAUGCUGAGAUGAAUCUGUGGAAUGUGGCCUCCCCUUUUCUCUACUGUAUUUGUAAAUAGAUGUGCUUCCUCUCCAGAUUUUAAGGUAUGCCUCUUAGCCUACAAAGCCAGACUAAACAAAAGGCCUGAAAGGGGGAUUUUUAUGCUUUCUACGACAUCUGCAAUACAGAUUAAGACAUCUGUCACUCAGCAGGAGAUUCCUCUCGACUGGAAAAGAAAAUAUUGCUGCAUGCCAGCAGGUUUCUGCUUUUGAAACUGUGAUGUUCUUAGGGGCUAUGGACAGGCCUAUUUCCUGGCCUCUGACCGCGGUUUUAAGAAAUGGGUAGCAAUUCCUUGAUGGUGGACAGUGCACUGUAUUCACUAAGCAUGGAACAUGCUCUAAUGAAUGAAAUGUAACUGAGUGGACUGGUUUCUGCUGACACAGGACAAGCAGCUGUAAUUCGACCGCACAUCCCACUGCAGGCCUCAAGAGGUUUCUCACAUCUUGUGUUCUUUAUGAAGCACAAAGCUGAAGUUUGGGGCCUAUAUAAUUUUUACAGUUUUUUAAAAUGAUAUUUUGAUUACACGUUUCUAAAGAACAUUUUUAUGCCUAUUUAAAGACUGAAAGCCGUGAGACAAAGACUAUGGCAGCAGCGUACCGCAUUGUGGUUAGCACUACUAAUUGUUAUAACAGUGUUGUCAUUGAUCGUCGCUUUCAGCACACUGUACAUUACUGUAAUGGACCCUGUCAGGUCCACAAACAUGGUGUUGUGUGCACCGUGGCCCAUCGCAGCACUUGCUCAGAGCUGCUGAAUACUACAGCUGAGCCUGCAACUGGUGGCCGACCUUUUAGUACUCAAGACCUCAGCAAUACAUUUUCAGCUGUUGAAAAUGGCACUGCUGUCCCUGGAGAUACAAGUGAGGAUUAUCACCAGAUCAUGCAGGGUGCUCCCAGGGUCAAAAAGGGAUUAACUAUUCAGAGUUCCACCAGCCUUAAGGACAUAACGGGUGAUGCCAUAAAUCUAGCCAGUGGGAAGAUCAAGGAGUUCUCUUUUGAGAAAAUAAAGUACUCCACCAGCCAUGUUACUUUUAGGAAAGGGAGAAAAGUGAGACCAGAGUCCUUCAGCAGAAGGUCCACUGAUCUUGACAUAAUUUAUGGGCACUUCAGCAGUGAUGAGAACUGCCCACCAUUUGGCUUUGUACAGAAGUCCAUGAUGGAAGAGCACAAGUUGAGUCGCAGUAGUUCCCUGGAGCAAAACAUCAACAAUAUUCCAGUACUGUACCUGAAUAGCUUGACUGAAGAGAAUCUGAUAGCAAAGAUUCUGGAAAAGGCCAAGGCAGACAGCAGUGCUUCGGGGGAAGAGAUCAAGGCUUGUCUGGACAUCCUUCUCAAAUGCUCGGAAGACCUGAAGAAAUGCACUGACAUUAUUAAGCAGUGCAUCAAGAAUAAAUCCAUGAGUGGGGACAGCGACGGUUCAUUCACAAACCCAGAGGUGAUCUACAGAAGCGUGAUGGCAAGGCUUUCAAGCUACCUGAAGAAGCUUCCCUUUGAUUUUGAACAUGUGCAACAUGGGCGAUCGGAGCACAGUGACUUAGCCGAACUUGUAAAUAGUUUUCAUGGAUUGCAGCAAACUCCCUUUUCCCCCAUAUUUGGUAAUGAACAGCCACCCAGAUAUGAAGAUGUGGUCCAUUCCCCACCUUUAACUAAAACUCUACCUCCCUUAUCUACUUUGGAACUCCAAGAAAUCCCUCAAGACUCAGCGAAUAAUGGAAAAUCAGUACAAAGCUUUGCCAACCUGCAAUGUAAUACUAUUUCCCCCAACAGUGUUCGUAUGAACUCGACUGCUGUUAAUAGUUCCAGUGCCCUACCUCAAGCCCUAAAAAUAAACCGUUCAGACAGCUAUUCCUCUACAAACUCAUUGCUGUCAAGUAGCAGUGAUAGCAUAUGUAAGGAAUCCAUGGUAGCAUUGUAUAUAGAGGAAGAACAUGACGUAGGGAAAGUGCUAGACAAGGAGCUACGAGGGGAAGGGAAAUUCAGCCAGGGGUUCAUGGAGGUCAGACAGUUGCCUAAAAAGCCAAUUGCUCUGAUGGAAACUGGUGACAGUACUGCUAAACUGUCAGGAAACAUCAAGAAUGGGACUACCUUUAAACCAAAUUUGGAGCCAUUUGCACUGCCUGGAGCCAGCAAGCCAUAUGUGUCUCUUAAGAAUCUCUACACAGAACCAAGAGCUUUCCAGGAACCCAGUCAAAGCAAUGACCAGGAUGACAUUGACAAAUUGCUAAUGGAUUUAGAGUGUCUUUCCCAAAAAAUCGAACUAGAACCAUGUCUCAAUGGGAAAAGCGCUGAGCUCAAGAACUGCAGCCAGCAGGCAGGUCCGCACCAGCACUUGUCCUUUGACUCCGGAAGCAGUCAACCUCCAAUGGACUCUCUCACCCCAUCCUCGUCCAAAAAGGACACAAACAGGCAUGGCUACACUACAAACGAGGAGGAGGAUGGGGCUCUCUUGCUGCGUAUUUUAGAGAGUAUUGAAAACUUUGCUCAGGAACUUGUUGAAAGCGGGACAGGCAAGGGCAGGUUGUCCCGAGAAGGGGAAGUAAUGCGUCUUCUCCAAGAAACCGUGGCAAACACUGGCAAGUCUGAGCAGAAUCUACAAACUAGCUGCAAACCUACAGCUAUCCGAGACACUGGACCAACUCUGUCAAUCCAGCAGACACCGGAAGUCAUCAAGGUCCAAAUCAAGCAAGAGAAGAAACCUGGAACUCCUCCCCCAGCACCUGCAGUCUCCGCCCCCAGUCCACGCCCACCGACCCCUCCACCAGUAAACAAGGUGGUCAUCACUGCCCCCAUCUCCAUAAACAUUCCACGCUUCUAUUUCCCCAAAGGACUUCCAAACCCUACUGCCAACCUCGACGAGACCCUUGCCAAGAUUGAAGCAGCGUUCGCAGUGUUAGAGGAAGAGAAAGCUGAUAUUUAUGAAAUGGGAAAGAUCGCCAAGGCAUGCAAUUGUCCGCUAUAUUGGAAGGCCCCGAUGUUUAAUGCUGCUGGAGGUGAAAGGACAGGAUUUGUUUCAGUCCACGCAUUCAUAGCGAUGUGGAGGAAGUUAUUGCGCAGCUGCUAUGACGAUGCAUCAAAGUUUGUUUACCUAUUAGUCAGACCUGGCUGUGCCUACCUUGAACAGGAAGACUUCAUCCCAUUAUUACAGGAUAUUGUGGACACUCAUCCAGGUUUGACGUUUUUGAAGGAUGCCCCUGAAUUCCAUUCUCGGUACAUUACCACGGUAAUUCAGCGGAUAUUCUACACAGUCAACAGAUCCUGGUCAGGGAAAAUCACCAUGACUGAGCUGAGGCGGAGCAACUUCCUGCAAACCCUUGCUCUUCUGGAGGAGGAGGACGAUAUCAACCAGAUUACAGAUUAUUUCUCCUACGAACACUUCUACGUGAUCUACUGUAAAUUCUGGGAGCUGGACACAGACCAUGAUCUUUUCGUUGACCAGAAGGACCUGGCCAGGUAUAACGAACAUGCUUCAUCGAAUAGAAUUACUGAGAGAAUAUUCUCUGGAGCAGUAACAAGGGGGAACUCUGUGCAGAAAGAAGGCCGGAUGAGCUAUGCAGAUUUUGUCUGGUUUCUGAUCUCUGAAGAGGAUAAGAAGAAUCCCACCAGUAUUGAGUACUGGUUCAAGUGCAUGGACCUCGAUGGGGACGGAGUGCUGUCCAUGUAUGAGCUGGAGUACUUCUAUGAGGAGCAAUGCGAGAGAAUGGAGGGGAUGGGCAUCGAACCGCUGCCAUUCCACGACCUGCUCUGCCAGAUGCUGGAUCUAGUGAAAUGUACAGACCAAGGUAAAAUAACUCUUCGGGAUCUGAAGCACUGCAGAAUGGCACAUAUAUUCUACGACACCUUCUUUAACUUGGAGAAGUACCUGGACCAUGAACAGAGAGAUCCAUUUGCUGUGCAAAAGGAUGUAGAGAACGAUGGUCCCGAGCCCUCAGACUGGGAUAAAUACGCAGCUGAAGAAUACGAGAUCCUGGUGGCUGAAGAGACGGCUAAUGAGCAGUUACAGGAAGGUACAUUUGAAGAUGAUGAAUCUGACGAACUCACGGUCGCAUCAGAAAUCGGAAACAAGGUGGACAAACUGGUCAUUUCAGACCUUUCAGCAUAAAACCAAAAACAGAUCACACUGCCAAGCAAUCAGACGAGACUGCCGGUGAAAAGACUGAUCACUGAGCAGUCACACACAAUAAGGGAAUAGACCUUUCUUCUACUUUUUUUUAGCUUGUUCUUUUUCCUUUGGAAGGGAAUUAUGCUUAUUUUUUAUUAUUUUUUUCUUUUUUUUUACAGUUCAAACAACAUUAUGUGUGUGUGUGAGUGUGUGUGCAAUAGAGCUGCCUGUAAAUCUAAAAGCCUUUUUUGUACAAUGUCUUAAUAAGUAAGUCUAGUCGGAAUAUUUGUUCUGUGUUAGUCUGGAGAACAAGGAGCAUUUGGGAUUUAAACUCUGUGAUUAUACUGUCUGUAUACAGUACACUCUGUACCACCUAGUGGUCAUUACUAGUAGCAACUUGUGCACAACCUCCUGCAGCAUCAUUGGUAACAGUUUGGACACACCUGGAUGUCAACAAGAUGUUGGAAGGUCUCCUGCUUUAUCAAGGCACCAUCUUCCAGCAGUUGGGUUGGGGUUGCCUUUCUUCGAUGUUAAAUCUAAAUAUACAGCUAUGGCCAAAAGUUUAGUAUCACCUAGAAUUUUAAUAUUGAGACCUAAUUAAUACUAAUUAGUAUUUAUAUUGUAAAUAUUUUAUUUAACAUCAUGUAAUCAAAUAAACUACAAAAUUAUAUUGCAGAAGUGUACUGGAAGCCAUAAUAGUAGUAUAGUAUUUCAUGUUAGAUUUGGAAAUGUCACAAACUAGAAAGUGGUAUUUAAUUAAAUAUGUUAACGUAACAUUAUUCAGCAGGUUUCAUAGUUAAUUAUAAAGAGUGAUGCAAAACUUUUGGCCAUAGUUAUACGUAUCUGGUUACAAUACAUUCAUUAUCAUAUUAAGCAUAUUUAUUUUUAAAAUGUGCAUACUACCCAUUACUUCUUAUAACAAUGCACAGAUUGCAAAUGUAUGUCAAUUGCACCAGCUAUGUAGUUUACAGAAAUCCACAAUAUGUCAACAUAAGCUAAAGUACUGAUUCAGGGGAAGAGCAACUACUGUUAGUCUACUUGAACCCUUCCUUCUGCCUCGUUCUUGAUUAUUUUAUUUAAUCCUGUAACUCGCUAGCCAGCCCCUAGAGCACAGGAGACUUUGCUCUGCAGCAGAAGAGAGAUUCUUGUUUUCAUCCCAUUUUUAUUUUACUACACCUUAUUUCUGUAAAAAUGUUGUUUCAUCUGCUUCCAAAGAUGUAUUAUGAUUUGGAAGAGAUUUGGUUUAAUCAAGUCUGACCCAGAAUGUAAAUAUACAGGAUUUGUAUUUGAUGUCAGGCCAUCCUCAAUUACUUUAACAGUUGGAGUGAAACUGACUUUCUCCAAUAUUGUAAAAAAAAAAAAAAGUUGAAAAGCUUGUGCUUAGAUGCAAGAUCAUCUCUGCUUCUAUCUGCUAUCGAAUACUGCAGGUUUACAUGUGUAAAUAUACUGUAUAGAUACAUAUACUGUAGAUAGAUAAAUAAGUAUAUGCUGAUCUGGAUAACAAAGAGUUUACAAGGAAGACAUCAAUCCUAAAGUAGUUCACAGGACAGUUCAACGAGUCUUUAAACCUGCACCCAUUACAAUUCAUGUGCCCAAAGCCAGGCUCCUAGUGGGGUCAGCAUGUUCUAGACAGCAUCGCCUUCAUGUUUAUGAAGUGUCUGGCUCAGUAAUAUUGCCUGAAGUUUUAUGCAAGCCCAAUAUGGAAGGUAAGAGCAAUGAGAAAUAGACAAGCAAUAGAAUCAAUUCUGAGAGGGCUAGUUUUAAACUUUUUGUCUUAGAUUUAACUAAAUUGCGCUAAAUUAGAUGAUAUAUAUAUAUAUAUAUAUAUAUAUAUAUAUAUAUAUAUAUAUAUAUAUAUAUAUAUAUAUAUAUAUAUAAAAACAUGUUUUAUAUACUUAUAUUAAGUGGGUAAAAGACAACAUGUAAAGAGAUAAUAUUGAAUCUUUAAAUAUGUAGGUACUUUUAAACUUUAGUCUACAUCCAUAUCUUCAGUGUGGCUUUUUAAUGCAUAUUUGUACAGUCUCCAUUCAUAUGUGAAUAUGGCCCAGCAUCUGUAUAUGUACAUUUGUAUAAUUGACAAAUAGUGUCAUUUUUGUCAGUUGUAUAUUUUGACAUCCCAAACUGUAAGCGUUUCAAUAUUAACAUCAUGCAUCCCUUAUACAAAAGAUGUGAGGGUCUGCCAUCAAGAUACAGCAAAAAGGACAUUGGCACAGUAAUCAUGGUAUACUGUAUGUUUCUCAGUUUCCAUAUUCAUGCCUUUGCUUAUUGUGUACAUGGGCUUUCAGGAUUUACUCAGCCCUUUGACAUGCCAUGAUUUCAAAACCCUGUUGCAGAAGGGCUGCGGUGAUAUUCCAAAACAUCCUUAAAUAUGUUUUAAAUGUUAUUAGUAUUUUUAUUAUUUAAUUAUUUUUUGUCUCAUAAAAUACUAUAUUCAGAAUCCACAUCAGAAAUCUUGGAAGCUCAUAUCUAUUUCAAUGUCAUGCCUGCACUGUGUUCAGUCCAUACCAUUCUCCUGGCUUUGUCAAAAGGGAAGGGAGUCAGCAUCCAUGAAUGUUACUGUAUAAUAAUUUGUUUGUAAGUAGUGUAAAAAAUAAAUGAUAUUGCCAAAGGUGCAAUCUAUAUUGUAAUAUGUGCCACAUGUAGUUGCCAGUAGCCCUCCCAAUAGUAGAACUGCGUUUGGGAGAAUUUUCUAUAGCCUAUAUAAACCACUUUGUAUAUUCCCCCCCUCCCGAGUGAUCGAUUAUGCCACGGAGUGGCAUUGUUGUUGAAAUGUAAUGUUACUUUUACUGCCAUUGUAAAAUCCAUCCAGCUUAAAGGUAGAAUGUAGGUGAACGUUCUGUUUGAACUCACUGUAUGAGGACAAUCAACUGGAUGUUUAAAUGGGUUUUAAUGUAGCACUUUGUGUUAGUUUCAGUAGCCUUCUAAGCAAUAAACCUGCUGUACUGGUAACACACUCACUUGGAUGAUGUGAUCAAACACGUACCAAAUGCCUGAAUCAAGACUUGAGAAGAACGCUAUAAAACAACCAUGUGUACCACAGUAACUUUUUUUUUUUAAAUGGGGUAUAUAGCUGUUUAAGCUAUUGUAAAAACUGCUUAAACAUUGAAUAUUUAAAUGUUAUACCGUUUUUUUUCUUGAGUUUUAAACUGUUUUGGAUGUGUAUCAUUUGUUUUCUGGCAUAUGUUUUGUUUGCAGAAGCUAUAGUGAGACAGUCAGGUGGUAUGCCAUCUUGAGGUUUUUAGUGUUUGUGUUAGCAUGGCUUUAUCUUUGCUGUAUUUCUUUGGAAUUUGGAAAUUUAAUUAAUAAAAUAAAUUAGGUUGUAAACUCCUAUUUGAUUCCAGUAGUAAUGUACCUCAUUGCGUUUAAUUAAAUCAAUCAACAUGUUGUAAUAAUAGACCCGAUGUAUCGGACCAGUGCUAGUCUGCCACAUUUUCCAACUUUCGCUGUGGAAGUGUAGUAAAAAGCCUGCAUCUCUUCCACAGCACAGAGCCUAAUGAGAAUUUUAUUAAUGCAAUCAACUGCAGACUUCAAAAGAAAAAACAUGGGAGUGAAAACAUACUAACACAUGAAAAAUAUAACGGCCUGAUGGCAUUGCAUUUCAUUUCUGUAGUUCUGGCUUCAAAGCACAUAAACUCAAAAUAAAUAAAUCUGGUUGUCUUCUCUUCUUUCUGACAAAAAAAACACUUGCAAUUAGUCCAAGGCAACGUUGCAGGCAGUGUCAAAAACAAAGGCAAAUGAUUUCGAUGGGCAGGGAUACUAAACUGCAGUCUCUUCUCUCCCUAAAAAGUUGUGCCUCCAGAUUAAAUUUAAGAAGUAAAUCAUUUCUUUUCAGAAAAAUCCUGAAUGAGUUUUAUAAAUGGAUGUAAGCAUUCAAGUCAGACUAAAACCAGCCUUCUCAUGUAACAUUCAUAAACUCUGUCAACACAAAAUAACUAGCUGUGUUUUACAAUGUAUUCUGGCUUUUCUGUUUUCCUUUCCCUAUGAAAGAUUCAAUUAAAAAUCUAUUUUGUUAAGUGUUUAUUUAACAGUCCAUAUAUUUUUUGUAAUAAAUCAAUUUCUGCCACUAUUUGCACCAAUUAGCAUAAUCCAUAUCAAACUGUGCUUAAUCAUCUCUCUACCAAAUGAGUAUUUAUUAAAGAUUUUAACUGGCUAAUUAUGUUUACAAUUGCAACCUGUUAAAAUAAUGAAUCUCUGCUAUCAAUCUUUUUGGCACAGCCUGCAGCUUACCCAAUGUCUGUCACUUUUUCAGCCCUUGUGGUAAUUGCUUUUCAUGUGUAAGCCUCAAUGCCUGUAAAUAUGUGUAUGAGAUGCACUAGGAGAGAAUAUAAUAGUAUUCAUGAAUUGUUCAAAUAAACUACUCCAUCAAUA